AUUUUAUUUUUACUACCGAUCAUUGGCGGUAUUUUCGACGGGAAAUCGUUGCAUUUGCACCGUGAGCUUCCGUGGCUCGUUAUUUUAACCGCGCUAGAGCCGUUGGCUGCUGGCGCUGUGAGGAGGAAGCGAGUGAUGCGCCGCUGCUCAGUCAUUGUUCGGCGCUCUCUGAAUGGGAAGCUCUUUAACCCAUCUUUUUCUUUUACCUCGCUGCGUUUAGGAGGGCAGCUUUCUCUUAUAUUCCACAUUGGCUUUUAGUGAAUGAAGCAAGCUGAAAUGAAUGUUUAAUGCUCCCACACCCUAAAGCUCUGGGUUGUUUUCCGGGAAGCGAAAAAGGGCGUUUACUGUGGACUGAACUAAGCUCGCCUCCUUUCAUUCCAGUUCAUCUGACUCUGUGACACCAUUAUGACGGCUUAUCUCUCCAUCCACCAUUUUCACCUUGCACAUUAAUAAUAUUACAUCAUAUCAUACAGGAAAGCUGCUUUUCGAGCCCACACCGGAGCCAUGACAGACAAGGAAGAGCAUGUACAGAAAGCCAAACUGGCCGAGCAGGCUGAGCGCUAUGAGGACAUGGCGGCAGCCAUGAAGGCUGUCACAGAGCAGGGCAGUGAGCUUAGCAACGAGGAGCGCAACCUGCUUUCAGUUGCCUACAAGAAUGUGGUCGGGGCGAGGAGGUCCUCCUGGAGAGUGCUGUCCAGCAUGGAAGACAAGUCUGACGAUCCCAAGAAGGCCGCAUUUGCUAAAGAGUACAAAGAGAAGAUUGAGACUGAGCUGAAUGAAAUCUGCCAGCAAGUAUUGGAACUGCUCAGUACUCACCUGAUUCCAGGGGCUACGCCACCUGACAGCAAAGUCUUCUACCUGAAGAUGAAGGGAGACUACUACCGCUACCUGGCUGAGGUUGCCAGUGGAGACAAAAAGGAAAAAACCAUAGGAGAGUCACAAGACGCAUACCAGCAGGCCCUCGAAAUCAGCAACAAAGAAAUGCCGCCUACACAUCCCAUCCGUCUGGGCCUUGCUCUUAACUUCUCUGUCUUCUACUACGAGAUCCGCAACUCACCUGAGCAAGCCUGCCAAUUGGCCAAAUCGGCAUUUGAUGAGGCCAUCUCCAUGCUGGACUCCCUCAGCAGUGACUCCUACAAAGACAGCACCUUGAUCAUGCAGCUGCUCCGUGACAAUCUGACACUGUGGACAUCAGAAUCCCAGGGGGCAGACCAAGACCCAGAGGAGACGGAGCAGCCGCCACCGCAGGCGGAGCAGGAGCAGGUAGCGGAGAAGAACUGAACUUCAAAAAAACAAGAAAAACACACAUUUUUUACCUCUCACCAGCCUUAGUUGUGUGUGUGUGGUUGUGUGUGCACAUACAUGCACAGAUAUGUAUGUUUACACUCUACUCACAAUGUGGAAAGUACAGUAUGUGUGUGCAGAUACAUUGAAGUGUGUGUAUUAAUUGUGUGAGCACCUCCACAGAGAAGAGAAUGGAUUAGAUCUGUUUUUUUGUUUGUUUCUUUUGACCAUUACUCAUUGUGUCAACCAGUGGAUGUUUAUUUUUUUAUUUUUAUUGUCAAUGGUUUAGUCCAGAUGAAAUCCCUCCUUUAGAUCCAAAUCAGCCCCACGUUCUUUAACCUUAUUCACUGUAGCAAACUGCUGCUGUUGCAGGAAACAAAAAAAACCUCUAACUGUAACUUUGAUAAUUUGUAUGUUUUUACUUGAACUCAACAUUUACAAUCUUUGUGACACUUGGGUUUACAAAAAUCACGUAAACUGUACAAAAAAACUAAAAAAAAAACUUAAAAAAAAAGAACUGGUCACAGUGGUCUGAAUUCACCAAAUUUUAGAUCUCACCUGACAAUAGCAAUGAUCAUAUAGAUGGCAGCAUACACUUUGGUAAAGAUCUACUACCAUAUUGUUCGUAUCCAUCAUGCCAUGUCAGUGUCCAGUGUAGCAGGUAGUGUUUUUAUGGAUGGUACAUGUGUCAUGGCUCAGUGGGUUCUAUGUGCAUUCGGGCGUAGGAAAGGUUUUCUGUAUGAAUGGCCACUUGCGAAAACUGUAUUUGUUGAGAGGAUUACAUUCCAUUUUACUGACAUCUUUUCACUCUCAGUGAAAUGUGUAGACUAUGAUUUCCUGCAAUUUUCCAUAACGCAUGACAAGGUAUAGACAGCCGAAGAUAAAGUGAACAACUUGACACAAUGGCUCGAUACUGUAAUUUUUUGAUAUUUUAUCUUUUCAGCAGUGCAGAGGAUACUUUUGCCAUAUGCUUAUAUGUGGCUUUCUACUCUUUUCUAUUCAGGUGUUUUGGUAAUUUCUUUUUUUUUUGUGUGUAUUUUAUUCCCUUUGACUCUUGAUUUGACUCCUGGAAUGUAUGUGGUUCUCAGUAGUAUGGUGUGAGGGUUAGCCGUGCUUUGAAACUGGCAGUUUUUGCUUAGGAUUUAGCUUGAACCAGGUGGUUUACAGUAACAUUUACCUUCCUUGGAAUGGCGUUAUGGAAAAAGACAAACUAAAACCAUGCUAAAUAUAAACUGAUUAUUAAAGUAACUUGGUAGAAAGCUGACCAUUAAGUAGUCACAAAGUAGUGCCAGUUUCCUCUAAUUACAGUAUCUUGAUUUUUAAAAAUAUGGGACGUGGGGUUCAGGAUUUGCAAGUUACACUCGGAGUACGUUAUUUGGUUAUGUGCUUUCAUGUAAGUGGAAUUAAAACAUUAAAAUCAA